CUGGUCCGGCGCUUCUCUGCAUUGUCAAGACAUAGCGGGACAUUCGUUCCUCGCCAGCCAUUGAGCCGGUGCCCUUUUUGUUGGAAAGGCCUCAAGGCAUCCAAGUUGUCGUUUUUGCCGUUCCACCUGUAAAAGAAGGUUGUUCACCCUUCUGGCAAUCAAGCUGGGGUUCACCGGAACACAAAAGCGAUUCCGAAUCUCCAACAAAACAUUACCGAACCAUGGGAAACAACAGUUCUUCCUCUCGGACCGGUAUUGGUCUCAAGUUGGAUCAAGCCGGUUACCAGGCUGGCGACGUGUUGAAAGGCCGUGUCUAUCUUGCGCUACGUCAGGGCGAUCCAGUGCUCCGCAACCUUCGAGCCAUUCACGUGCUCCUCCAAGGCGCGGAAAACGUGGAAAUUGAACGUCACAUUCGGGACGGCAGCGGAUCGUCGUCAAAGACUAAAAAUGUUGUGGUUGAUCGAUCCACGCGCGUUUUUGUGCGCACAGACUUGUUCCUGGCACAUUUGCCGAGUGCGAAAAGCGGGGCCGCCAAAGUCGGCGACAGCGGAGCCGGGCAGUACGAGUAUCCUUUCCAGUAUCGUCUCCCGGACAAUCUGCCUGGCACGAUGCAUUGUAGUCACAAGGAUUGUCGUAGUUUUGCCGAAGUGCGCUACACCUUGACGGCGUAUCUGGCAAUGGAGAUGGCCGAUCAAGACGACCAACCGGCGGUCCAAGCCUCGACUGCCGUCUAUGUCAAGGGACGUCGACCCAACGAGGUUUUUGUUGACAUUCCAAUUCAACCUUUGCGCGCUGAAACGGAAGCUUUUCCCGUAAAAACGUGUUGUUUCUGGAAUAAGGGGGUUGUGCAUCUAGGGUGGCAGAUACCUUCCCCCACACCCUACCCGGGUGAAACGAUCCCCGUACGUGUGUGGGGCAACAACCAAAGCUCGGUCGAUGUGCAGUAUCUUUGGGUACGGUGUGUUGAAACAGUUCACUGGAAAGCAGCCGAUGAAACGGUUGUUGCGCACCGGAAUACCAAUGGCCACAUUGCCGGUAGGCCAAGCCAGAAAUCUGUCCGGCGUGUUUUGGCGGAGCAAAAGAUUGGCGUCACAAGAGCACAAGGAUUGUGGCAGCCUGUCUACGAAACUGGACGUCAUCGGGAUUCCACUUUGCUGCAGGCUGAUGACCAGACAUUGUUGACCGCUCACUUGAGGCUUCCCAAGGAGAGCCGUUUGAGCUAUGCCGGGCGGCUGGUGCGCGUUCACCACACUCUCAUUGUCACGGCUGUUACCAAAGGAGGAUGUGCAACGUCUUCGCCCGAGUCGGCCUGUCAAAUACGAAUCCUCCCAGCGGUGGACCAUCAGCAUCAGGGUCCAGAUGCUGGAGACGCUACUAUUUCGGCUUCUAUGCCGCUGGCUGCGCAUGCUACCUCUCCCUUAAAUCCAACGGCUCCAACGGCGAAUCUUGUAUACGGCUCGGACAACACCACCUACGACGACAUUUUGCAAGCGCAAGUGCUACCGGACGACUGGAAACCCAGCACGGCCGACGAGAUUAUUCUACCGGAAGCAUCGGCCGUGUUUGUGGAUGACGGAGUAUCACCUGCGUCGAUACCUCUGGCUGCAGGAACAAACCGAGCACCGAGCACGGCUACACCAAUCAACGACACUUCAGGUUCCUUGCACGUCAACGUGGCCGCGGCAACUGCACCAGAGCAGCAUUUACUAGACGAUCCGGAGGAUGUCUUUUCAAAUUUUACUGAGACUGCGCGUCGGCCAUUUCCUACCAACGCGGCGGUUGCCGAGUUGCGCCGAGUGGUCACUGUCUGCCCGCAAAAUCUCCCGGCAAUUUUGGAGGAUCCAUCCUGGGCGACGGCGGUCCAGAAUCUGUCACCGCGUGAUUUAUGUACCGUGUUGCAAUCGGCAGUCGAUCCAGUAGCACCCCGCGUCGCACGCAGUUUGGGUACCUGCAUGGGAUCUUCACUGACCUGUCGUCAUUUACUGGCAUGUUUGUGGUCGCUACCGGAAGGACAGCGUAUGGACGUGGUACGAGAGCUGGCACCCUUAGCGUCCGACUUGCCAGAACACCAGCGACUCGUGGAACAGGAGUUGGAUCGGACGGAAUUGUUGAAUUUUCGAGCGGCUCUCAAGUCUUGA